AUGCCUUGUUUGACAUGUUGGCUCAUCAAAUCUUGGCUAGUCUUCCCUGAACCAGGUCUUAAUACAGCACACUGCAGCAUCAAUAAAUCUCAACAUCCAUAUCCUGUUCCUGCUCAUUUUUCUGGUAUCUGCGAGGUUACUCGAGAUUUUCCAUCUGGCUCUUGCAAUAGAAAACUUGUUGGGGCCCGUCAUUUUGCAGCAUCUGCUAUAACAAGAGGAAUAUUUAACAUGACUCAAGACUACGCUUCUCCCUUUGAUGGCGAUGGCCAUGGCACGCAUACUGCAUCGGUUGCAGCAGGAAAACAUGGGAUUCCGGUGAUUGUUGCUGGGCAUCACUUUGGGAAUGCUAGUGGGAUGGCUCCUCGUUCGCAUAUUGCGGUGUACAAGGCGUUAUACAAGAGCUUUGGAGGAUUCGCUGCAGACGUUGUUGCAGCAAUUGACCAGGCAGCUCAAGGUGGGGUUGACAUAAUUAGUUUAUCUAUCACUCCAAAUCGGCAUCCUCCCGGUGUUGCAACUUUCUUCAAUCCUAUUGACAUGGCAUUACUGUCAGCUGUAAAGGCUGGUAUUUUUGUGGUUCAAGCUGCUGGAAAUACCGGGCCAUCACCAAUGAGCAUGUCUUCUUUCAGUCCAUGGAUCCUUACUGUUGGUGCUGCCUCUCAUGACCGGCUUUAUAGUAACUCCAUAAGUCUUGGAAACAAUGUUACCAAACCCCACAUCAAACGCAUGCCAACUAAAACACCAUCCUGCUGUCAUGAAACAACGUGCUGCCACGAAGAGCUUUUCCGUUGCAGAUGCAUACAUGCUGCUACAACAUUGCUGCCAAGAAAUCCAACCAACUUUCCGUCAACACAACAUGUUGCAUCACCAAGACAACCAUGCCAGUGA